CGCUCACAUCACACUCUCCUUCGUUUUCUCUCACUAACCCAAUCAAAAUUCCCUUUCAAUUUUCAUUCCUUGCCUUCUUUUUCUCGCUAUUUCUCUAGUUAUUACUCACAUUCAUUCUCUCUCUGACAAAAUUCGUCAUUUCAAGAAAUCAAUACUGCCAAAUCGUUUGUUCUUUAUCUGCGCAUAAAUAUAGACUGUUAUCAAGUUUUUGGAAAGAAACGCUUCUGGGUUGGUUUGGCCGAAAUCUUUGUUUUCUUUCUUUUAUCCUUUUUAGCUACGAGAGGAGCGUUAGGAGUUUCGAUUGAUCAAUGGCGAAUACUACAUCGGUCGCCGCCACCCCUGCUUCGCUUUACGUAGGCGAUCUCCACCCUGACAUCACCGAUGGUAAACUGUUUGAAAUAUUCUCCGAGUUCAAGAGCCUCACUUCUGUUCGGGUCUGCAGAGACUCCUCUACCGGCAGGUCGCUCUGUUACGGCUACGUCAACUUCGUCUCUCCUCAAGAUGCAUUUCGUGCUAUUGAGGUGAAGAAUCAUUAUCUACUGAAUGGAAAAGCGAUGCGGAUCAUGUGGUCAAAUCGUGAUCCUGAUGCAACUAAAAGUGGCAUAGGGAAUGUGUUUGUUAAGAACCUACCUGAAUCAAUAGAUAAUGUGGGAUUACAAGAUUUGUUUCAAAAGUUCGGUAUCACUUUGUCCUGCAAAGUUGUCAUGUCUGAGGAUGGAAAAAGCAAAGGAUAUGGCUAUGUUCAAUUUCAGUCAGAGGAAUCUGCAAAUUCUGCCAUUGAGAAGCUGAAUGGCUCUACUGUUAAAGACAAACAGAUCUAUGUUGGAAAGUUUGUCAAAAAAAGUGACCGCAUUUUGCCAAAUCCUGAUGCGAAAUAUACAAAUUUGUACGUCAAGAAUUUGGACCCCAAAAUUACUGAAGAGCUUCUACAGGAAAAGUUCUUGUCUUUUGGAAAAAUUGUUAGCUUAGUUAUUGCAAAGGAUGACAAUGGGAUUUCAAAGGGCUUUGGCUUCGUCAACUAUGAUAACCCAGAUGAUGCUAGACGGGCAAUGGAAGGAAUGAAUGGAUCACAACUCGGUUCAAAGGUUCUAUACGUGGCCAGGGCACAAAAGAAGGCUGAACGUGAGCUUAUUUUGCACCAUCAGUUUGAGGAGAAACGUAAAGAACAAAUCUUAAAAUACAAGGUAUCAAAUGUUUAUGUGAAGAACAUUGAUGAUGAUAUAAGUGAUGAAGAACUACGGAAUCUUUUUCGUGCAUGUGGAUCAAUAACAUCUGCAGUAGUUAUGCGAGAUGGCAAAGGUAUAAGCAAGGGGUUUGGUUUUGUCUGCUUUUCCACCCCUGAGGAGGCUAAUAAAGCUGUGAGCACCUUUCAUGGAUAUAUGUUUCAUCGCAAACCAUUAUACGUUGCUAUUGCUCAAAGAAAGGAGGAUAGGCAAGCACAAUUGCAGAUUCAGCAUGCACAGCGAAUAGUAGGACUAACUGGGCCUUCAAUAGCUGUUAUUCCCGGCGGAUAUUCUCCUUAUUAUUAUGCAGCUACUGGCGCCGUUUCACAGGUGCCUUCUCGACCUGGGCUAGUGUAUCAACCUUUGGGGUUGACGCAAGGAUGGAGGGCUAACAGCUUUGCACCUCCUACGAGACCGUUUCAACAGCCACUAGUUCCUAUGGUUUCUAAUUCUACUAGGCAAAAUAGGCAAAACAGGGGCAGGAUGAAUGGGCAAACAAUUUCACAGGGACAUGUUCACCCUGGCACACACAUGCCACAAUUGCGUCAGCCCUUUCAGUUAGUGGCCUCUUCAAAAGAAUCAAGUACACAACAGCGAGCUGGGCAGACAAAGUAUGUGCCCAGUGGGCGCCAGCCUGACAUGGAGAAAGUAUCUGGAGUCUCAUCUGGUGGUAGCUCUUCUGUAGGAUCUCCGGGAUCAGAAAUGUUGCAUAGCAUGCUUGCUGCUGCUACUCUGGAGCAGCAGAAACAGAUACUCGGCGAGCAUCUGUACCCUCUAGUCCAUAAACUCAAGCCUGGCCUAGCAGCCAAGAUUACAGGGAUGCUUUUGGAGAUGGACAACGGAGAAUUGCUGCUUCUUCUGGAGUCUCCAGAGUCUCUUACUGCCAAGGUGGAAGAAGCCGUGCAGGUGCUCAAGAACUCUAAGACCAAAGUUUCUGGCCAGGAUGUACUUCAUUCGAAUUUCCUUUCAGCCGAAGUUGCGGUGAACUGAAUACUUAGUCCUGGAGAAAAUUCUUAGUUUGAGGAGUAGUUGGUGAGGCCGGCGCUUCUCAAGAGCUGGAUGUUACAUUGAUUUUGGAUUAUGAACCCUGCAGUAUCUUUUCUGCAUUUUAUUGCCUUUUUGGACUAAACUUUUUUGUUUUUUUAGCAUAGGUUGACUUUUAUCUUUUAGAAUUUGUAGUGAAGGAAUGAUUCAGAGACUUGCCUUGGUAUUUGAUUAGAUGGACUAGCUAAAAGGACUAAAUUUGGGGAAAUCAAUUGUGCACAUUCAAGCGCUGAAAAUGCAAACCUAUGGGC